ACGAUGCCGGCGGUCUGGGCCGUGGGAGUCGCUCUGCUGUGGGCGCUGCUGGCCGCCCUGGUGCCCGGCGGCGUGUCGGACCUGGUGACUCUGAUCCAGGAGCCGGUGAAGCCCGAGUCUGCCCUGCUGAAGCCAAAGGUUAUGAUCGCCAUACUGGCUCGCAACGCGGCGCACAGCUUGCCACACUACCUGGGCUGCAUCGAGAGGCUGGAGUACCCGAAGGAGCGCAUAGCCAUCUGGGCAGCGACAGACCACAAUGUGGACAAUACCACUGCCAUGUUGAGAGAGUGGCUGAAGAAAGCCCAGACUGUCUACCACUAUGUGGAGUGGAGACCCAUGGAGGAGCCCAGGUCCUACACAGAUGAGUGGGGUCCAAAGCACUGGCCUCCUUCCAGGUUCAACCAUGUGAUGAAGCUGAGGCAGGCGGCGCUGAGGGCUGCCAGGGAGCGGUGGGCCGACUACAUUCUGUUUGCAGACAGCGAUAACCUGCUGACCAACCCGAACGUGUUGAACCUGCUGAUGGCUGAGAACUUGACCCUAGUGGCUCCCAUGUUAGAGUCCCGCUCCCUCUACUCCAACUACUGGUGCGGCAUCACCCCACAGGGUUACUAUAAGCGAACGCCAGACUACCAACCAAUCAGGGAGUGGAAGCGGCUGGGCUGCUUCCCUGUUCCCAUGGUGCACAGCACGUUCCUGUUGGACCUGCGUCGUGAUGCCAGCAGGGACUUGGCCUUCUACCCACCUCACCCGGACUACAGCUGGGCCUUCGACGACAUCAUGGUGUUCGCCUUCUCCGCACGGCAAGCAGAUGUGCAAAUGUAUGUGUGUAACAGGGAACACUACGGUUUCCUGCCCGUUCCCCUGAAGGCGCAGCAGAACGUCGAUGAUGAGAGCGAGAGCUUCACACACACCAUCACUGAGGCCCUGAUUGACCACGACAUCGAGGCCUCGCAGUACCUGUACGCUCCACCAGCACCGCAGGACAAGCUGGGCUUUGACGAGAUCUUCCUGAUCAACCUGAAGCGCCGUCUGGAUAGAAGGACAAGGAUGCUGAAAACGCUGACCGCGCUGGGCCUGCAUGCCACGCUGACAGACGCAGUGGACGGCAAGGCUCUGAACACAUCGCAGCUGCAGGCGUUGGGAAUAGACAUGAUGCCAGGCUACAAGGACCCGUACUCUGGUCGAGUCCUGACCAGGGGCGAGAUCGGCUGCUUCCUGAGUCAUCACUCAACAUGGAUACAGGUGAUUGAGCGCGGCCUCCAGAAGAUUCUUGUCUUAGAGGAUGACGUGAGGUUUGAGCCCAGGUUCACACGACGGCUGCAGGCCAUCAUGGAUGACAUAGAGAAAGCUCAGCUGGACUGGGACCUCAUCUAUGUGGGGCGUAAGCGUAUGCAAGUGCAGCAGCCUGAGCGCUCGGUGGACGGCGUGAACAACCUGGUUGUGGCCGACUACUCCUAUUGGACGCUCGGCUACGCGCUGUCUCAGCAGGGAGCCAGGAAGCUGUUGGCCGCCCAGCCGUUUAAGAGGAUGCUGCCCGUUGACGAGUUCCUGCCCGUCAUGUUCGACAAGCACCCCAAUGAGGAGUACAAGUCUUACUUUGAGACGCGGGACCUGAAGGCCUUCUCAGUGGAGCCGCUGCUCAUCUAUCCCACCCACUACACCGGAGAGCCAGGGUACAUCAGCGACACAGAGACCUCCACCAUCUGGGAUAACGAGAACGAAGCUACAGACUGGGACCGACAACACGCCCGUAAAACCGCCCAGCAGGGCCGCAUCCGGCCGGUGGCCCAGAACAGUGUCACCGGGGACUCACCGCCACCAGCAGCUCGCGCCUCACGGGACGAACUCUGAGACAGAGAGCAAGAGAGGGGAGAGACUCAUGUUUAUGGACAUCAGGCGUACACACACUUGAAAAGACACUUGAAAUACAAACCAGCAUACACACACACACACAUGUACACACACAUGACCGCUCUACACCCAGAUGUGUCACUGGCUGCUUGCUGUCCAACAGGAUAACAGCAGGGCUUGAGAUGCCAGUCCUGCUGGCUGCUAGUGAAAGGCUGGAGGUUGGAGUGGUGCGUGUGCACUGAGAAAAAGAGGAAGAGGAGGGAGGACGAUCCGGGACAAGGGCCAACAGGCCUAUGACCGCAGCUUUAUUUAUUCCCUAUGCGCUCUAUAGACAGACUGGCUAACACACACACACACACACACACGCAACCAUAGAGAGAAUGAGCUGGUGAUGACUGGUGCCUUAGCUCGGCCUUUGGAGACUGUUAGGGCCUGAGAAAACAUCAGCAACAUGUGGGAGACAGAUAUUGCCAUUUGCAAUA